UUUAGCUCGGCUCUGAGCUGGUCCACGCAGCAGUCUCGUCUCGCAAUUGUUGCCUUCGUCACGCCGCUUCUUCUUAUCGACUUCUUGCGUCCGGUCCGCUUGUGUAUUUCGAUAUCGUCCACGGCGAGUCCGACGCCAUCCUGCGGAAGGACACGAUGUGCCAGUGACGCGAAACGUCGGUGCAAGUAGUGUAAGAACUCGCGCGGAUUUCAUUUUGUCACCGGCGAUUCCCGCCCAAAUCAUAUAAAAUGCCCACUUGUGGGCGGCCGUCAUCAAUUAGGAAAGGAGAGAUAUACCGUUAUAUCUGCAUUCUUUUCUUAAUAAACGCGAGCGCUGUUGCGUCAGCUAAUAGGCAGACCAGAAACUUUAGGGAAGACCAGGAGAACCACUCGGCAAGCUCGUUAUCACCCGGGGGCCCUAAUGUAUGUCGAACAAGGACGAGGAUCUACUGUUGUCCAGGAUGGCAAAGGCAUACACUUUUAGGACUAUGCAUCAUCCCUGUAUGUUCGAGACCGUGCGGAAGUGGGCAGUGCGUUUCCCCUAACGUCUGUCUUUGCGAGGGAGGUCAAAAGGCUUCUAGCUGCACUCAAAGCUACAAGCAAUCCUUAGGAGAGGGCAGACCGUGUAAAGCGAUUUGCAUGAAUGGAGGCACCUGUGUGGAUGGACGAUGCAGUUGUGCUGCAGGAUAUACGGGAGAAUUCUGCAUAGAACCGAUAUGCGAAGAGAUGUGUAAAAAUGGAGGCAGAUGCAUAGGACCCGAUAGAUGCGCUUGUAUCUAUGGUUUCGCGGGCAACCAUUGCGAAAUAGACUACCGUACUGGGCCGUGCUAUACUGGGAUAAGAGGACCUUUAUGCGUGAAUCAAUUGGAAGGAGUGGUAUGUACCAAGACUCUCUGUUGUGCCACCGUGGGUAAAGCUUGGGGCCAUCCUUGCGAACACUGUCCAUCCAGGCUGGAAUGUGAUAUCGGAUUCUUGAAGAAUCAAAAAACUAACGAAUGCGUUGAUAUCAAUGAAUGUGAAGCAAUUCCACACUUGUGCGUUGGCGGUCAGUGCAUCAACAGCGUAGGGUCUUUUACUUGUGAGUGUCCCGAAGGUCAAGCAAGAAACCCACAAACAAACAGGUGCGACGACAGGAACGAAUGCGAAGACGAAGGUAUUUGUCAGGACGGAGCUUGUGUUAAUACCGUGGGUGGAUUCUUUUGCUUGUGCAAUCCGGGAUUUAUACAAAGCCAAGAUAAAAGAUUUUGUAUUGAUGGCAGGCAGGGCGUGUGUUACACAUUCCGUUCCCCUCAGGGCUACUGUAGCGACGAACUGCAAUAUAGGCUCUCAAAGAAGGACUGCUGUUGCGGUCAACACGUGGGACAAGGUUGGGGAGAUGAUUGCACUGCUUGUCCUCAAUACGGCACAGACGAACAUCGAAGACUUUGCGCAGCAGUAACUUCGUACCAUAUAGAAGACAGAACAGGCCCGAACAUCACGAUUUUCGAUAGCCGUAGGCCCGAACAAAAAACUAAGGUUCUGACCACUACAUUGGUGGAUGAAUGCAUGUUACGACCAGACAUCUGCGGGCGAGGAAAGUGCGUUGACUUGCCAGAGGGAUACGAGUGCGUCUGCGAUGCCGGAUAUCGAAAAGGAAAAUCACAAGUGUGUGAAGAUAUCGAUGAGUGCAGCGAAGGCAAAUGUGUGAACGGACGGUGCAUCAACACUCUUGGAGGGUUUAACUGCUUGUGUCCUCCUGGAUUCGACGUUUCUCCAGAUGGAACCAUGUGCACCGAUCACGAUGAGUGCGCGGAAAUCGGUAUGUGCACCAACGGUAUCUGCAUCAACAUGGAUGGCAGCUUCAAGUGCCAGUGCAAGAACGGUUUCAAGCUGAGCCCAACCGGUUUCGCGUGCGUGGAUAUCGAUGAAUGUUACGAAAAUCCCAGAAUUUGUUUGAAUGGUAGAUGCGAAAACGCGCCUGGUUCUUACACCUGUGUCUGCUUGCCCGGAUUCGUCGAAUCGAAUGAUAGAACUUUCUGUAGUGACAUGGAUGAAUGUUCGACAACCGGUAUGUGUGACCACGGAAAGUGCAUCAACAUGGAAGGGUCAUUUAGAUGUGUUUGCGAUUCGGGGUAUCGUCUCGGACCUGACGGAAGACACUGCAUCGACAUUGAUGAAUGCAUCAGCAACCCUUGCCAAUUUGGCACAUGCUAUAACACUCCGGGGAGCUUCAGGUGCGAGUGCCAUUUUGGAUUCAGUUUAGGCCCCGACGGAAGAUCGUGCUUAGAUACGAGGCGAGAUCUUUGCUACCAAGAGUAUCGUGAAGGUCAAUGCUUCAAUCCGUCAACUACCGCGGUCACCAAGUCCAGCUGUUGUUGCUGUACCAUUAUCACUGGCAAACCGAUGGCUUGGGGGCAGACGUGUCAGCCUUGUCCGAUGCCUGGAACUACAGAUUUCGACCUACUUUGUCCGUUUGGACCUGGAUCUACGUUCGAUGGCAAGGAUAUCAAUGAAUGCGCGCAGAAUCCGAACAUAUGCCAGAACGGUGCUUGUGAAAAUAUGCUCGGAACUUAUCGGUGUAUAUGCAAUCCGGGCUACGAAGUGGACGAAUCCGGAAAGAUAUGUACCGACAUCAAUGAAUGCGCCGAGGAUGAAGUGAUGUGCGGUGGUGGACAGUGCAAAAACACCCCCGGCAGCUUUCAGUGCAUUUGCCCGACGGGUACUCAAUUGAACCCCAGCAUGUUCGUCUGCGAAGACGUCGAUGAAUGUAAAGAACUGGGCCCCGAAGCGUGCUUCAAUGGGGAAUGUGUUAAUACUUUAGGAUCUUACAAGUGCGAGUGCGAUCCUGGGUCUAUUUUGGAUAACACUGGACGAGUUUGCAUAGAUAAUCGGAAAGGAUCUUGCUGGACGAGACUUAACCACGGUCGUUGCGAGAACAACUUGCCGCAAUUAAGCAAGAGACAGGAGUGCUGCUGCUCCAUAGGAGUUGCUUGGGGUUCACCUUGCGAACGGUGUAACAGAAACGAGUGCGAGUGUCCCAAGGGAUACGCGAAGAUCGAUGGCAAAUCUUGUAGUGACAUCAACGAGUGCGACUUAAAUCCCGAUAUAUGUCGAGGUGGAGGAAUAUGCGUCAACACCGAUGGGAGUUUUACCUGUACUUGUCCUUCGGGAUUGACUCUAGAUGAAACCAGGACUCAAUGUUUGGAUAUGAGGGAAGAACAGUGCUUCACCAGAUACAAGCACGGAAAAUGCACGAACUCUAUUGACGGUCGCUUCCAUAAAGACUUGUGCUGUUGCUCCUCUAUAGGAAAGGCUUGGGGUGACAAAUGCGAACCCUGUCCGAGACUAGGCACCGCAGCGUACACCGAACUUUGUCCAAAGGGUAUGGGUUUCAUCGACAGAAAGGAUAUCAACGAAUGCACGGAGUUUCCCGGAAUGUGCCAAAAUGGGAGGUGCCGGAAUACCAUCGGCGGCUACAGCUGUAGGUGUAACAAAGGUUACGAUUACGAUGACAACAGAAUUAAGUGCAUAGACAUCGACGAGUGUAGCAUCACGACCACCAACGUGUGCGGCAAAGGCACAUGUAAAAAUAUACCAGGAGAUUUCUACUGCGAAUGUAUCGAAGGUUACAAAACUAUGGCCCCGAUGCAAACUUGUGUGGACAUCAACGAGUGCGACGAAAUUCCUGGUCUUUGUAGGGGAGGGAGAUGCAUCAACACAGAAGGCUCGUAUAAGUGUGAGUGUCCACUCGGUCACGAGUUAGCUUCAGACAAGCAAUCUUGCAAAGAUAUCGACGAAUGUUCAAGAACGAGCGGGAUAUGCUCAAAUGGGGUCUGCGAAAAUAUGAUGGGUACAUACCAGUGCAUUUGCAACGAAGGAUACCAGCAAGCGGAUCAAAAAUCUCACUGCGAAGAUAUUGACGAGUGCGAAUUCGAGCCCUGCGACGAUUUGUGCCUAAACACACCUGGAAGUUUCUCUUGUUCUUGUGGAACCGGCUACCAACUUAAUUUAGACGGGAAAAGCUGUUCCGAUAUAGAUGAGUGCAAGGAGAACCCUCGAAUUUGUAAUGGGGGCAAAUGUACCAAUACGAUCGGUAGCUAUAUUUGUCACUGUUCUGAUGGAUUGCUCGCCGGUGCUUCUGGGACAUCCUGUGCUGAUAUCGAUGAAUGCAAGCAGAAUCCCAAUAUAUGCGGAGCUGGUGAAUGCUCGAACACUUUGGGUUCUUUCCAGUGUCGAUGCGAGGAAGGGUAUUCUGUGAAGCCCGAUGGUGGCCCACAGUGCACGGAUGACGACGAAUGUUAUUUAGGAACCUACAAUUGCGACGAAAAUGCCGACUGCAUUAACAAUCCUGGCUCCUAUCAAUGUCGAUGUUUGGACGGUUUCACCGGCAACGGAGUAAGCUGCAGAGAUAUAAACGAAUGCCUCACGAAUAACGGCGGGUGCGACCAGAACGCCCAGUGUAUUAACAACGAUGGUUCCUUUCGAUGCGAGUGUGACUCAGGCUUCAGAGGAGACGGUUACACGUGCACGGACAUUGACGAGUGUACCAACGAUCCGAGUUUAUGCGAGAACGGACAGUGUCUGAAUUAUCCAGGUUCUUUUCGGUGCGAGUGCGAGAUGGGUUUCAUGCAUCCUACUGAUGGCAACGAACAAGCCUGUGUCGAUAUAAACGAAUGCGACAUGUUUAAUAACUUAUGCGUGUUCGGAACCUGCGAGAACACUCUCGGAAUGUUCCGAUGUGAGUGCCACGAAGGUUAUAAGCUGGACGGAUCGGGAGGCAACUGCACCGAUAUCGACGAAUGCGAGAGUCCUCAAUCGUGCCUAUACGGCGACUGCUCCAACACCCAGGGUAGUUUCAAAUGUUUGUGUCCACCGAAUUAUGAGCUGGUAUCCGAAGGCAACGCUUGCAUAGAUCGGAGGACUUCCAGAUGUUACCUCCAGGUCGAAGGUCCAGGAAGGUGCGAUCUCCCCACGGCAGACUACGUUACCAAGGCAGCUUGUUGCUGCUCAGUCGGUAGGGCUUGGGGUCCUAGAUGCGAUCUCUGUCCAUCCCCAAACAGUGAUGAGUAUCAGCAGCUUUGUCCGGGAGGUUUGGGGUACAAACCGAACGACAUUACCGUGGUUCUAGAGGACAUAAAUGAGUGCGAGGAACACGAAAACAUAUGCGAGAACGGCCACUGCACGAACACGUUUGGUAGCUUUAUGUGCUCAUGCAAUGAGGGCUUCAGAUUGGACGACACCGGAUUCACUUGCGUAGAUGUUAACGAAUGCGAAGAGACACCGUAUAUUUGCAGGGUGGGGGAAUGCGUAAACGAGCCUGGAAAAUAUUACUGCCAGUGUCCGGAAGGUUACAUGCCUCUACCGGGAAGGAGGGAAUGCGUGGACAUGCGAAAAGAUCUCUGCUAUCUAAAAUAUAGCAGAUGGCAGUGUUCGACUCCGAUGACUCAGAACCAAACGAAGAAGGUGUGCUGCUGCUCGAUGGGGCAGGCGUGGGGGCAACCUUGCGAGCCUUGUCCAAGCCCAGGCACUAAUGAAUAUAUUUCCUUAUGUGGACCGCGGCCUGGACAAUACAUCAACCCCAUGACGAACAAAACCUCCGAGAUAAACGAAUGCGAGUUGAUGCCCUCAAUGUGCAAACACGGCCAGUGUAUGAACACGCCGGGUAGCUUCGAAUGCAUGUGUAACAGGGGUUAUAUUUACGACGAGAAUUCGCAUCAGUGCAUCGAUGACAACGAAUGUUCCCGCAAUCCCUGCGAAGGCAACGCGCAGUGCGUGAACCUUCCAGGUAGCUUCGAAUGUCAAUGUCCGGAAGGUUACAAGCACGGCUCGACUUACAUGGACUGCGUGGAUAUCAACGAAUGCAUAGAACGACCGCACGUCUGCCAAAAUGGCGAGUGCAAAAACCUGCAGGGCAGCUUUCAGUGUAUCUGCGAUACCGGGUACCUGUUGACGCCGUCCAGAGACACCUGUCUGGACAUAGACGAGUGCGUGCGACAUCCCAACAUCUGCAACAACGGAAGCUGCAUCAAUAUGGUCGGCAAUUACAAAUGCCAUUGCAACGUGGGCUUCAAACUCAGCAACCAGAACGAUUGCGUCGACAUUGACGAGUGCCACAUGAUGCCGUUCUUGUGUCGCAACGGGCGUUGUAGGAAUAAUCUGGGAUCGUUUAGCUGCGAGUGCACUAGCGGCUAUAUGCUCACACCGGAUAGACACAACUGCCGAGAUAUCGAUGAGUGCCACGAGGUACCCGGUACAUGUCCUCCGCCUGGCAAGUGCACGAACGUGAUGGGUUCGUAUAUCUGCACGUGCCCGGAGGGCUACGAGCUGAGUGCUGUUACGGGUAUCUGCGAAGAUAUAGACGAGUGUGUGGUUAACCCCGGCAUAUGUGAAAACGGUAUUUGCACCAAUACGGAUGGGGGCGCUUUCUGCACUUGUCCCGACGGUUUUGUGCUGGAGCAGCACACCAUGAAGUGUACAGACGUGAGACAAGACCAGUGCUACGACGCGUAUACGAGAGGGCAGUGCGUAGAACCGAGGGGGAUGCAGAUCACCGCCAAAGAGUGCUGCUGCUCUAAAGGAGCGGCCUGGGGUAGAUACUGCGAGAGGUGUCCGCCAGAAGGAUCACCCGAUUUCUUGAAGAUGUGUCCCGAAGGUCCAGGCAGGAUGGAUACCGGCAGCGACUUGAACGAGUGCGAGUUGAUGCCGAAUAUCUGUGACGGUGGUGAAUGCGUAAACACGGACGGUUCUUUCCGCUGCAGCUGUCAAAAUGGGUACACACUGGACGAGACGAGUAAGAAAUGCGUCGACGAAAACGAAUGCGUUACGAACCCCAACGUUUGCGGUAACGGGACUUGCAACAACGUGAUCGGAGGGUUCGAGUGUAGUUGCAAUGAUGGGUUCGCAUCUGGACCAAUGCAGAUAUGCGAAGAUAUCAACGAGUGCCAAGAGUUGGGCAAUCAAUGUGCCUUCAGGUGCCACAACGUGCCCGGAUCUUUCAGGUGCAUCUGCCCCUACGGCUACGCUUUGGCUCCAGAUGGACGCCACUGUCAAGACGUCGACGAGUGUAACACCCCGGCAAACAAUUGCCGAUUUAUGUGCAAAAACCUCGUCGGCUCCUUUAUGUGCAUUUGCCCUGAGGGUUUCAGUCAAGUGGGUUACGGAGACGACUGUCGGGAUAUAGACGAAUGCGAGAACGAUCCCGAUCUGUGCCAAAACGGACGAUGUAUUAAUCUACAAGGAUCCUUCAGAUGCGACUGCUAUGACGGAUUCGAACACAGCGACGAUGGGAAAAGGUGUAUCGAUCACCGUCAAGGUUUCUGUUAUCGUCACCUUGUCAACGGCCGUUGCACUACCCAAAACCGCGAGUUUAUAAAGAAAUCCACGAAAGCGGACUGCUGCUGUUCGAUGGGCGAAGCCUGGGGACCCCAAUGCGAGCUAUGCCCUUCCAGGUUCUCGCCGGAAUACCAGGAACUCUGUCUGGAUAGCGGAUUCCUCAUCAACGGUCAAGAUGUCAAUGAAUGUGAAACGAUACCGGACUUGUGCAGAAACGGUCAGUGCAUAAACACUCUUGGAUCGUAUCGGUGCAUAUGCAACAAGGGUUAUAAAUCGGACGGCUCCGGACUCUACUGCGCCGACGUCAACGAGUGCGUGGAGAACACAUCCCACUGCCAAUACAACUGCCAGAAUACCGAAGGGAGCUUUAUUUGUUCUUGUCCUGCGGGUUUCUUGUUAAACGCUGACGGGCUUACAUGUCGGGACUUGGACGAGUGCGCCACCGGCCAGCACAUCUGUCAACAAAUCUGUAUAAAUACCCAGGGAAGCUACAAAUGUUCCUGCGAAAAGGGAUACAAUCAGAUCGGCGACAAAUGUGAAGAUAUCAACGAGUGCGACAAGGCAAACUAUUGCCCUAAACCCGGUCGAUGCGUCAACACUCUGGGGAGCUUCAGAUGUAUCUGCCCGCGCAGGUUCAAACUGGAUUCAACCGGAACUUACUGCACAGACGCUGACGAAUGUCUCGAUGACUCCAAAUGCCCAGAAGGCUGCCAAAAUCUAAUCGGCGGUUAUCGAUGCGGGUGUCCCGACGGAUACUACCUCCAUCCGUAUUACAAUCAAUGCGUGGAUAACAACGAAUGUUUGAGCAACCCCUGCGGGACGAGCGGAAAUUGCUUCAACACCCCCGGAAGUUACAGGUGCGGUUGCCCCGACGGCUAUCAGUUCGACGCCAGACUGAAUAUCUGUAUUCAGGUGAGCGCUGGAUGUACGGGGUCCCCGUGCGCCUUCGGCUGUACAAGUCUCGGCACAGGAUUCUCCUGCGGUUGUCCCCAGGGCUAUCAGAGAAUCGGCCAAGGACACUGCCUGUCAACUGUCACGUCGGCUUUGGCCGGCUACGACAUAGGCGACGCUCCCACGUAUCCCAUAAACGAGCGCUAUGCUGGAGGCACCAACGACAAAUUAAUUACCACGGAAGGAUGCUUUUCCUGUCAGCUUAACGGGAGGCACAGACGUGACUCUAGACAUCGUCUGCAAAGACACGCGACGAACGACACAGUCAGAGGCUUGUUUAAACGUAAGAGAACCCGUAGGCAUCACCACGGAGAAGAGAUCGACUUGAAACUGUCAAUGGCGCAGACGCGCCACAGAAUACGAAUAGUGAAGAUUCAGCCAGCUGUAAAGAGAGAGAUGACGUACAGCAUAGUCAAAGGCAAUGAGCACAAGAAAUUUGAGCUCGUGAAACGCCACGGUGUGUGGGCUUUGCAUUUCCGAAGGCGGCUCAAGCAGCCCGAAACGUUUGACCUUUUGGUGCACGGCAGGCCCGACGGCGAUGCUCCCUCGCAAGAUAACACCGAAUACGACAAACCGUUGACGUUAAGAAUAAAGAUAGCCGUCACGGAGUAAGGGUGCGUUUCCGCGUUUUAGGUAAUCGAAACAAAAUUCUUCUAAAAAUCACACGCUUUUUCACACAUCAACAGCGUUUUGCAAAUUUUAAUCCUCACCUGCAUCAUUUUAUAAUAAUUAGAUUUCUAAUUAUAUUUACAUUUACUAUAACCACCGUUUAUUGCUUAUAGAUAUGUUUGGAGUUGCCAUAGUUCUUGUGUAUUAAUGGCACAUAUAAAGCGAAAAUAAAAAAAAAUUAUAUAUACAUAUGAAUUACUUGGAAAUUUACAAACAAUGGACAAAAUUAACAAAAUAAAAAAACUAAAAGCGAUAAAAUGAAAACAAAUUUUAUUCUAAUAACUAUUUCUAAUUUGCUUUUUUUACUUCUAUAAACUAUAAGUACGAAAUGUUUGUUUGGAAAGCAGAAGAAUAGUUGUGGCGACAGUCCCUUAAUAUUCCAGAAGUAUGGAAACCCGUUAUGUUAGAACUUUUCACCGCCAGGGUAAAAGUUUGAAAUUGUAGAUAUUUCAGAGAGUUUCGUUUACAAAAAUGUACUCAUACGUUAUCGUUCUAAAAUUACUGCAUAAUGCAAAGUGGUAUAUCGUAGCGAGUGAUGUAGCAUCGAACAAAGUUGACUUUAAAAAGUGCCUUUUAACAUAAGUUGUAGGUUUUAUUUAGAAUCGAUUACUGCCAAUCUGUCUUGAUUACUCUUACUGCCAUUAGAUAUUCUUUGACAUUGUGUUUUUGAUGGUGCAUUAGAUUUUACGUGCAUGUGCAAAAAAAUAUUCGUCAGCCUAUUGCAUUUGUUUAUUCUAGUGUGAAACUUUGGUAAAUUGUUUGUAUUGUUGCCGUGAUAUUUAAAGUGCCAGAAAAAAUACCGUACGUUGUCGAUUGUGUUCAGUAGAUAAGUUAGUAUGUGAACUUUUUCGCGAAUCUGCUGUAGUUAAGCGUAUAUUUAACACAUAUUGGCAAAACCGUUAAGCUGUAGUAUUAUAGAAUAAUGUUUUGUAAAUUAGGGAAGCCAUGAGAUAUUUUUGUACGUUGUAUUUAUGUUCAUGUGUAUAGCUAAUUUAACGAGUUACCCAAAAAAAAAUGUUUCUCGAAAAUUUUAUAAAAAACGCUUUAAAUUAAUAAAGUUCGCUAGA